AUGCCCGAAAAUAGAGAGCCGCCCGCCACAGUCGCUGCAGCUGCCACGGUUGAGGGACCCACGUCCAAAAAGGACUUUAAAUUGGCGACGGGCCAGUCACGGGCGCUGGAGGGAAGCGGUGGUGGCUUGGGGGGCCACGCAAGAUGGAGCCGGAAUGCAACCACGGAUGGGAACGACUGGAUGGCGGUUCUUUGCCAUGUGCCCGUCGUCGUAGGCAGCCUGAACACCAUCCACGAUGAAAGAAACCUUGUACAACCGCUGGGAUUAUUUAUUCUGUUGACUGAAAGCGUCUGUCACCCUCCCUUCGACGGUAGCACAGCCCCCUUGCCUCAGGUCGGGUGCUUCCGUAUUAUUUCUGCGGCAACCAAGCAAGACCGGCACAUCGGGUUAUCCACCGCUUGCGGCCCAGGGGAACACUUGCAGUUCUGCAGAAAAAGAAGUGGAAGCACUCCGGUCCUCCGUAUUGGCCUAAACCCUCUCCCUGCCAUGAGGAAUCCAUUCCCUUCCCCUCAACCCGUGGACGACGUCCAGGUCCUCCACAUGGAGGAUAAAGUUGGUGGUGGCCCAGAGGGUUUUGGUUGGAACUUGGAGGGACCCAGGCGGAGUCCACGGCGCUAG